CGCCGUGUCAAUGUUUCACAUCACGGCCCGUUUCGUAGUGCGGCAGCUGGGGUUCUAGGGUUUAGAGAGGUAGAUGCCCCCAAAAAGAUCGAGGAAAAUUAUUCGUUGCCCCGCCCGCUUCGCGUCUCGAUAAAGACAAGGCGGCCGUCAGAGCAGAGCCCGCCCCUGCUUGCGCCGUUCUUUUCGGGGUUCCCUGUCCCCGCCGCCGCCGCCGGCACGAGAUGGAGGUCGCCCCCGCCGCCGGCAAGCAGAAGACGAAGAAGCACAUACACCUCUUCUACUGCUCCGAGUGCGAGGAGCUCGCGCUCAAGAUCGCCGCCAGCUCCGACGCCAUCGAGCUCCAGUCCAUCAACUGGCGGAGCUUCGAUGACGGGUUCCCGAACCUGUUCAUCAACAAGGCGCACGACAUCCGGGGGCAGCACGUGGCGUUCCUGGCCUCCUUCAGCUCGCCGGCGGUGAUCUUCGAGCAGAUCUCCGUCAUCUUCGCGCUGCCCAAGCUCUUCAUCGCCUCCUUCACGCUCGUGCUGCCCUUCUUCCCCACGGGCUCCUUCGAGCGCGUCGAGGAGGAAGGGGACGUCGCCACCGCCUUCACCCUCGCGCGCAUCCUCUCCAUGGUCCCCAAGUCGCGCGGUGGACCUACCAGCGUCGUCAUCUACGACAUCCACGCGCUCCAGGAGAGGUUCUACUUCGGGGACGACGUCCUGCCAUGCUUCGAGACAGGGAUCCCGCUCCUGCUGCAGCGCCUCCGCCAGCUCCCGGACGCAGACAAUAUUACAAUUGCCUUCCCAGAUGAUGGGGCGUGGAAGCGGUUCCACAAGCUCUUGCAACACUUUCCAAUGAUAGUCUGUAACAAGGUUCGUGAAGGCGACAAGAGAAUAGUUCGAAUAAAGGAAGGAAAUCCUGAAGGGCGACAUGUUGUUAUUGUUGACGAUUUAGUGCAAUCUGGGGGAACUCUUAGAGAGUGCCAGAAAGUUCUGGCUUCACAUGGUGCUGCAAAAGUUAGUGCUUAUGUGACUCAUGCUGUGUUCCCUAAGCAAUCAUAUGAACGUUUCAUGACAUCUAAUUCUGCUGGGCCAGGUGACCAGUUUGCUUACUUCUGGAUCACGGACUCAUGUCCUCACACAGUGAAAGCCAUUGGGCAAAGACCUCCAUUUGAGGUGCUGAGCCUUGCUGGCUCAAUUGCGGAUGCUCUUCAGAUAUGAGCUUGCACUGGUAGAUGGGCUUGAAUUGCCCAUCAGAUUGAACUUGUGCUAGGAGAUGGGCUGCUCCUGUUUGACCGGACUUUACGGUUUCUGGAAAACAAAUAAUGUGGAGCAAGUUUACUGUGGAAAGACCUGAAGCUUAAGGUUCCAUAAACAGCCCUGUGGUGUGAUAAUAAAAUCAGGAGUUGGAUGUUGAAAUCUGUGAAUUUUUUUAGUGUUAACUCAGUUUCAAGGGAGCAAUAUACGUCUCGACUCUUGAGUGCUGUAUCCUAAGCUUUCAGUUAACGGGCGUUGCUGUGAACAAUUAGAUUGGCGCAAAUAACUGAUCAUGUGAAUCAUUGCAAUGAAAACCUCCUGGUUGCCCUGAAA